AUGGCUGAUCUUCUGGUGACAGCCCACAAGGCUCCUGGCCUUCAUGUCACAGAAGCCAAAACUCUACCCCGGGCUGAGAUAAAACUAGAGAAGCUUUCAUCCCAGCAAGCCAGCGGCCGCACACUACGGAAAGUUGUAUCCAGAACAUUAAAGGAUGCCAACGAUGCGCUCCUUUCCUGGAGGGAUGGGUUGACUGCUGAGGAACGUCAACGAGCUCGACUAAAAGAAGAGAGAAAGGCCGUCCUCUCUGCUCACAUGAAGACAGCUGAAACUUACUCACAAUGGAAAACAGCUGCUACAGAACUUGACACCCUAGAGGGCAAUGACAAGUGGAAGAGGGAUACCGCAUCAGGCGAAUAUGAUUUCCUGCUUAUUCAGGAACGCCUCCGCGCUCUUGAUGAGGCUCGACUCAGCAACGACAUCAGGUCCAUGAUGCACCUCAUUCGCACAGAGCUCAGUCGCGAUCUCGGGGGCAUGGACAGUGUCGACUUGUAUCGGCAUUCUCAUGCCGGCACCAAGGAGCUGAUAGAACGCUAUGUUGAGUCGGCCAUCGAGACCAUCGACGCUAUCGUCGCGCAGAGCGCAUUAAAUCGUCACACCAUCGAGGUCAAGGAUCUCUUGGAGGGCAUGUUGUAUUCUCGACAGAGCUUUGGCCGCAGUGCAUUGCUGCUUUCAGGGGGAGGAACCUUUGGCAUGACACACAUUGGCGUUCUGAAGGCCCUGUUUGAACAGCAGCUGCUGCCGCGCAUCAUAUCUGGCGCCAGCGCAGGAAGCAUCGUAUGCGCUGUCAUGUGCACCAAGACAGACGAAGAGAUACCCGAACUUGUCAGAGACUUUCCAUACGGCGAUCUGGCAGUUUUUGAGUCAGAGGACAGCAACAUUGGCGUCCUGGGUCACUUGAAGCGCCUCUUGACAGAAGGCAGCUGGUCCAACAUUGAGAACCUCACCCGGGUGAUGCGAAGUUUGACGGGAGACAUGACAUUUCAGGAAGCGUACAACCGGACUCGACGCAUUCUCAACAUUUGCGUGUCCACUGCGUCAAUCUACGAAUUACCCCGACUCCUCAACUACGUCACUGCGCCGAAUGUCAUGAUUUGGUCUGCAGUGGCCGCAUCUUGCUCCCUCCCGCUGGUGUACACCUCUUCGCCUCUGCUGGUCAAGGAUCCCAUCACUGGCGAACAUCAUCCCUGGACGCCAACUCCGCAGCGAUUUAUUGACGGAUCCGUCGACAAUGAUUUGCCCAUGACUCGCCUGGCAGAAAUGUUUAAUGUGAACCAUUUCAUCGUUUGCCAGGUUAAUCCGCAUGUUGUGCCGUUCCUGUCCAAGGACGACGUUCUUCCGCAGGACAACAAACCCACGGCUCCAAACACAUCGCGCUCCAAUGACGUUGACUGGACGUAUACCCUUACAUCGUUGGCAAGAGACGAGGCUCUGCAUCGGCUGCAAUUCAUGGCUGAGCUGGGUAUCUUCCCCAACUUGAUGACCAAGUGCCGAACAAUCCUGAGCCAGAAAUACUCGGGUGACAUCACCAUCUUACCAGAAAUUGCCAUGAACGAUUUGCCGAAGCUACUCACGAAUCCUACGGUGGAUUUCAUGCUCCGAUCAUGCAUCCUUGGCGAAAGGGCGACUUGGCCCCGGCUGAGUCGAAUAAAAGACCGUUGUGCCAUUGAGCUUGCGCUGGAUCGGGCCGUCCAUCACCUCCGCACCCGGGUCGUGUUUUCCGAGAGUCAGAGGAAUCUACGCGAGAUGAGCACAGAGAUGGGUCGCAUGCAGAUAAACAUGAUGCCUACUAUUGUCUCUCAGUCGCCCGCGCCGAUUGCUGGCCACUCGGCAACUAGCGCAAACCAACCCCGGAGACGGCGUCGAUCCGGCGGCAGCGUCCAAACACUACCCGAUGGACGGAUUGUGUUGGACAUGGGCAUCACAGACGAUGAAACGGCAGCUGAAGAGCGCGAUGAAUUGUUAUCGAGGUCGCAAGGCAACCAUUCCCCGACUGCUCAUCGCAAGCCGCGCCUCAAGAGAUCCAGCAAGAGCCAGAUCAAUGUUCCACAACACAAAGGACUUGCGACAACAGCUACCACACACGAUUUUCAUGCGACUCCCGAAUUCAACUUUUCGCGGCCGCCGAGCAAAGGAAUGGACAACUCGAGCCCUAUCCGUCCCAGCUCAAGCAGAUACACGUACUCCCGGCCGCUGACACCUACCAUGUGGUCCGAGCGGAUGGGCAGGCUGUCUCGCGGGGAGGCGACGUCGCCAACGGAUGACAUUGAAACCAGCGAGCUGGAUCACUCGAGCGACGCAGAUGCCGAGCAAGCUACUGAGGAGAGCGACCCGGAUCCAUAUGAUGCUGUGGCCAGGAGCGUAUCUGUGAAGAAGGGAAGACGAUGA